AACAUUUCUUUGUAAUAUCAAUAAAAGGAAUUCCAAUCCAUCGACGCCCGUCUCACCGACUCGCUGUCAACGCCCACCCUCAACGGCUCUCGGCCUUUACUCUCAGGCCUGCUCAGUCACAGUCCACCGCUCCUCUCCGUCUGCUGCCACCCUACACCCUCCGUUGACCGUUUUUGGAAUUUGCAGAAGCAAGACAUAUUUACAGAAUGGAAAACGAAGAGGAUCCAGUGAAGAGGCAACAGAUUCUGGAUGCACGCGCAAGAAACAUCAGUCACAAUGUGCGCUGCUUAGAGUGUGGUAGUCAGUCCAUUGAAGAAUCCCAAGCUGAUAUUGCUGUUCUUCUCAGGAAGCUUAUUCGUGAUGAAAUCCGUUCUGGAAAAAGUGACAAAGAUAUCUAUAAAAAGCUUGAAGAUGAUUAUGGAGAGACGAUUCUUUAUGCUCCAAAGUUUGAUUGGCAGACUGCAGCCUUUUGGCUCUCACCUCUUCUGAUUGCUGGAACAGCUGGAGGAAUAUGGGCAUAUGGUAGGCAUAGGCAACGUACUAAUGUUCAUUUACUGGCUUUAAAUUUAACAAGAGGUGUUCCAUUAACCCCUAGAGAGAAAGAAACAAUGUUGGACAUUCUUACCCCUCCACCUUCAGGAAUACUUCCAACAUCUCCAUGGUGGAAAAACUGGCUUCCUCAAUGAAGAAAUUUCACACUAAUAAAGUUUAAUCUAUCUAUAGGAAUAGCAUGAUAUUGUGUUGAUGUCAUGCUUAUUAUGGAAAUUAAGAAAGUAUUAUGAUGUGUUUUUUAAUCUAUCUAUAUCAUAAUAUCAAUGAAUGGUUUGUUUUCAAAGGUUAUAUAGGAAAAAGAAUUUGAAAGGUGUUGGAACUUUGAUUGUUGUGUAGAAUGUGUAAUUUAAACCAGAAGUGUAUGUUUUGAUCAUUAUAGUUUUUGUUUUUGAAA